GUGGGGGAGUAGCAGUGUCAGAAACUUCUUCAUUGUUUGUGAAAUCUCAGUCAAUGAAGAGCUUGAACUCCGACACCAAGGCAGGCACUAAUUAAUGACUGCAACGCUUCUGCUCCUGCACGGAAAGCAAGUGCUGUGCCAGUGGAACAGCAGCCAUCCCUUGAGUCCUCCAAAGGCUGUGAAGAGCCAGACAGGCACAAAGCUCCCUCUCUGCCUCCUUGUUCUUGCCAGCCCCUGAAGAACACUCACAGCAGACAGCUGAACUGGAGCCACUCGACUUUCCCAGAAGGGAAAAGGCAAAGAUCACCAGAAUGCUCUCAGAAAGAAGAGUUCCUUGACUUACAGAGUUAUAAUUCUCUUCUUUCCUUGGUUCAUGGAGCCUCGUGUGCCUUUCAAACAUUUUUCCUCCCCUCAUCACUUCUCCAGCAUGGGGGGACAGGAGAGAUAAGUUAGGUGGCUCGUGUUGCCUCACAACACACCUUUGAAAAUAACCUGCAUCUACAUGAGAUAGUGGCUGCUUCUGCCAGAGGGGAAAAAAACCCCACAAAAAUCUAAACACCAAAAAAACAACAAAAAAACACCCCCACCCCUUCUUUCUUCUGGGUUAACAGGGCUUUCAGUAACAUCUGAGGGUGGUCUGUGACCAACAGGCAUGGGAAACAGCUCUUUUUGGGAUGAUCUGAACAGUACCUGCAGCAAUGCAGGCAACAGCUGCUACCUGGACAACAGCAUGAAGUUCAACUUCUCCUUCCAAGAGCAGGCAGCUGAUUUCUAUGUUGUCCUCCCCGUGAUUUACUCCGUGAUCUGUGCUGUGGGGCUCACAGGCAACACUGCUGUCAUCUACGUGAUCCUCAAGGCCCCCAAGAUGAAGACUGUGACAAACAUGUUCAUCCUGAACCUCGCUAUAGCCGACGACUUGUUCACACUCGUCUUGCCCAUUAACAUCGCGGAACACCUGCUCCGCUACUGGCCCUUCGGAGAGGUCCUCUGCAAGGUCAUCCUGUCCAUAGACCACUACAAUAUCUUCUCCAGCAUUUAUUUCCUAACAGUGAUGAGCAUAGACAGGUAUCUGGUGGUACUGGCUACAGUCAGGUCCAAGAGGAUGCCCCAUCGCACGUACCGAGCGGCCAGGAUUGUCAGCUUGUGCAUCUGGAUCCUGGUCACCAUCAUAGUCCUCCCUUUCAUCAUCUUCGCCAACGUCUACACCGACGACCUGGAGAUAAAGAGUUGUGGUCUCAAUUUCCCCAAGCCUGAAAGGUUUUGGUUCAAAGCCAGCAGGAUCUAUACCCUCAUCCUUGGCUUUGCCAUUCCAGUAUCCACCAUCUGCAUCCUCUACACCAUGAUGCUCUACAGGCUAAGGAACAUGCACUUGAACUCCAACGCCAGAGCCCUGGACAAAGCCAAGAAGAAAGUCACUGUUAUGGUCUUCAUAGUCCUGGCUGUGUUCCUCUUCUGUUGGACCCCCUUCCACUUGGCCACGGUCGUGGCUUUGACCACUGACUUGCCCCAGACCUCUGUGGUCAUUGGUAUAUCCUACUUCAUCACCAGCCUGAGCUAUGCUAACUCCUGCUUGAAUCCUUUCUUGUACGCUUUCCUGGACGACAGUUUUAGGAAAAGUUUUCGGAAGUUGCUGGAAUGCAGAACUUCUUGAGCAGCGGGGUUGGGGGGGUCACAGAUCCUUGCCCUCCCAGGGCUUUGCAGGGGCAGCUUCAAAGACUGAAGGGGUGGCCAACGAAUGCACAAUGUCCGUUCUUUCAUUUACACGUGGUGUGUUCGUCUGGUUAUGAUGCUCAUCCUCCACAGUUUGUCCUGCUCCCUUGCAGCUCUUAUUUCCCUUCUUUGCUCCUCCCAGCUCCUCAGAGUUGCAUUUCUGUAUUCUUAUUUUUAAUCUACACACUCCAAAUUAUUAAGGACAGAAAACUUCCUUUCAGAGGUGCGUUUCUAGCACAUAGUGGUCCUUUAUUGCCAUCUGCUGUACAGCACUGACAGGCUGGAGAGCACUUUUCAGAAUAAUGCAAUGCUCAGUUCUUUAUUACCAUGUUAUUAGGAUUGUUUCAUGGGGCAGAGCUAAUGAGCACUUUCAAUGAAAUAUAAAUAAAAAGGACAGAGGAUGAGUAUUUGGAAAUAAAAAAAAAAAGAAACCAUUUUCAUAUCCAUGUAUGUGCCUGUGUGUUAUAGCUUUGUUUUUGAUUUUGGGGGUUGUUCAUCUUCCACCCCACCCCACCCCAAAUUCCCUCUUUCCUGGACUGUUAACACAGGUUAAAUUUAGACCAAAAAGAAGAUUUGUGUCUCAAAAAUAGAGUUAAACAACACAUCAUGCCAAUAGUAUGACAACUGUGGGAAUUUGUGUUAGAAAUUAUUUUUAACUAAUUGUUCCUGUUAAGUGUCAAAUAUAUAUUUAUUUAAGAGUGAUUCAUGAAAUAAA